UGGCUGCAGAGGAUGAAAAGCAAGAACCUUGAACUGUGGCCAUCCAAGGGAAAGUAGAUAGAUCACAUCAAGAGGUCCUGAUGUUGAGAACAUAGAGUGAUGAAGAUUAGAUGAAAGUUUAUUCAAAUAUGUGUAGUCAUUAUAUAAUAAAAAGUAGUUGCUAGUGAUGAUAUUCUCUGCAUAUAUGAAUAUGAGUUAGUGCCCCUAGUGGGUAUAAACAUAAAGCCGCUUUGUGAUAAUAUGUGCACACCCUUUUCUAUCUCUCUCUCUCUCUCUACUACUGCAGGAACCUGCCUUUUCAUUAUGGAGGUCAUAUUACUGCUGCACCAAAUGAUCUUCCCAAUCAUCCCAUUUAUAAACUUCUCCUCUUCCUCACUGCCUUGGUUGCAAUUGCAACAACUACCUUAACUACCUCUGUUUCUCUGGAAAUGGCUCUCUACUCUAUUUUUUUCCUUUUUGUUUUACUUGCCCUGUUGCCUCUUCCUUUACAGGCCAUCACUGGUAACCAGUCUCAGUUCUUCGCUCUCAUGAAGACCUCUCUAUCAGGAGAUGCAUUAUCUGGAUGGGAUAUUGAUGGAGGAAAACAUUACUGCAGUUUCUCAGGAAUUAGCUGCAACAAACAAGGUUAUGUGGACAAGAUUGAUAUCUCCGGUUGGUCACUUUCUGGUCAGUUUCCAUCCGGUGUAUGCUCUUACUUGCCACAGUUACGUAUUCUUCGUCUCGACUACAACCAUCUCUAUGGAAACUUCUUUGACAGCUUAGUCAAUUGCUCUUUCCUGGAGGAGCUCAAAAUGAAAUAUGUGUACCUCAAAGGAACACUUCCUGAUUUCUCACUGAUGAAAUCUCUCCGGAUACUAGACCUUUCAUAUAAUUUCUUCACAGGCAACUUCCCCAUUUCAUUGACUAAUCUUUCCAAUAUUGAGGGGUUUAACUUUAAUGAAAAUCCUGGAUUCAAUUCAUGGCAACUUCCGGAGAAUAUUUCUCUGUUGACAAAGCUCAGAGUCAUGAACUUGGGGACAUGCGUCUUGCAUGGUCGAAUCCCACCGUCAAUAGGGAACAUGACUUCUCUUACUGAUCUUGAAUUAACUGGGAAUUUUCUCACGGGUCAAAUUCCUCCAGAGAUUGGAUUGCUGAAGAACUUGCAUCAGCUUGAGUUAUAUUACAAUCAGCACCUUUCCGGCGCUAUACCUGAGGAACUGGGAAACCUGACAGAGCUCACAGAUUUGGACAUGUCUGUCAAUCAAUUGACAGGUAAAAUUCCAGAAUCUAUUUGUAGGCUGCCCAAGCUGCGAGUCUUGCAGCUUUACAACAAUACCCUCAUUGGAGAAAUCCCAACUGCAAUUGGAAAUUCAACGACCUUAACUAUGUUAUCACUUUACGAAAAUUUUCUGACUGGAGAAGUUCCUCAGAAUCUGGGGCAAUUUUCAAGCAUGAUAGUUCUUGACUUGUCAGAGAACCGACUAUCAGGUCCACUUCCAACUAAGGUCUGCAAUGGUGGUAAACUGAAAUACUUUCUAGUCCUUUCAAACAUGUUUUCUGGAGAGUUGCCUGCUAGUUUAGAAAAGUGUUCGUCUCUUUUAAGAUUUCGAGUCAGUAAUAAUCGUCUGGAGGGCUCAAUACCUCAAGGUAUUUUUCGUCUUCCUCAUGCUUCAAUCAUUGACUUGGGUUACAAUGGUUUCAGAGGUCCAAUUGCAAAGACAAUUGGAAAUGCUAGAAACUUGUCCGAAUUGUUUAUGCCAAACAACAAGAUUUCAGGUGCCUUGCCUCCUGAAAUUUCUGAAGCUAUCAAUUUGGUGAAAAUUGAUCUCAGUAAUAAUUUACUUUCUGGUCCAAUACCUUCAGAAAUCGGAAACUUAAGGAAGCUAAAUUCACUGAUUUUGCAAAGCAACAAGCUGAAUUCUUCCAUUCCCAAUUCACUUUCUUCUCUAAAAUCUCUCAAUCUCCUUGAUCUUUCCAACAACCUCCUCACUGGGAAUAUCCCAGAGAGUCUCAGCAAAUUGUUUCCAAACUCUAUCAACUUUUCAAACAAUCAGCUUUCUGGUCCAAUUCCUCUUUCUUUAAUAAAAGGGGGUUUGGUAGAAAGCUUCUCAGGCAACCCAGGCCUCUGUGUUUCAGUCAAUGUUAAAUCAUCUGAUCAAGAUUUUCCUUUAUGUUCCAAAACUUACAAUCGAAGAAGGUUAAAUUCCGUGUGGGCAAUAAUAAUUUCAGCUGUUAUUUUUUUCAUUGGACUGAUCCUGUUUGUGAAACGCCGACUCAGUAAACAAAGAGCUCUGAUGGAGCAUGAUGAGUCUUUAUCUUCAUCGUUCUUUUCAUACGAUGUAAAGAGUUUCCAUCAAAUUAGUUUCGAUCAACGUGAGAUCUUUGAAGCCAUGAUCGAAAAGAACAAAGUGGGACAAGGAGGAUCUGGGAUAGUGUAUAAAAUUGAAUUGAAGAGUGGGGAGACGGUUGCAGUGAAAAAAUUAUGGAGCCAAAGAACAAAAGAUUCUGCUUCAGAAGAUCAGUUACUUUUUGACAAAGGUUUGAAAACUGAGGUGGAGACUCUUGGAACUAUCAGGCACAAAAACAUAGUAAAGUUAUACUGCUACUUCUCAAGUUUGGACUGGAACUUGUUGGUUUAUGAGUACAUGCCCAAUGGAAACCUUUGGGAUGUUCUCCACAAAGGAUGGAUUCAACUGGAUUGGCCAACUCGCCAUAAAAUUGCAUUUGGUGUUGCUCAGGGUUUGGCUUAUCUUCACCAUGGUUUAUUGUCACCGAUUAUUCACAGAGACAUCAAGUCAACCAACAUCUUACUGGAUGUCAAUUAUCAGCCUAAAGUGGCAGACUUUGGGAUAGCCAAAGUUCUACAAGCUAGAGGAGGCAAAGAUUCCACCACCACAGUCAUUGCAGGGACCUACGGUUACUUGGCACCUGAAUACGCAUAUUGCUCAAAAGCAACGACCAAGUGCGAUGUGUACAGUUUCGGAGUGGUGUUGAUGGAGCUAAUAACAGGAAGGAAACCAGUAGAGGCAGAGUUUGGAGAGAAUAAAAAUAUCAUUUACUGGGUUUCAACAAAUGUUGACUGCAUGAAAAGUGUAAUGGAGGUAUUAGACAAGCGAUUAUCGGUGUCAUUCAGGAACGAAAUGAUUCAGGUUCUGAAGAUCGCCAUUCUCUGUACAAACAACUCACCUGCAGCUCGCCCAACAAUGAAUGAGGUUGUUCAGUUGCUGGCUGAGGCUGACCCUUGUAAAUUCGACACUAGCAAGUUUUCAGAUAAGACCAAAGACUUGUUCAAUGUCACUAAAAUAAAGAACCCAUCAGAAUUUUAAUAAAAGGAGUAUGAUUGGGUUUUAGGUGAAGUAGUAUAGAAGAACAGCACAGUCUAUAGAAGUGUCGAGAGACUUUGUCAUAAAGAGCAACUUUGGUUCUCUAUUUUUAUCUUUUUUAGUAGAUUACUAAUUAAAAUUAGAUUGUAGAUUCUAUCACAAACUCCUUUUUCUUUCUUUUUUGUUUUGUUUUAUUUUCCUUGUAAGCAUUUGAGAAAUGUAUAUCACCUUAUCUGCUUUAUGGCAACGCAUUUCAUCUA